AUGACACUUCAACCUCCCAAGUUUACCGUCUUGGAAUCGGUGACAGAAGACGAGUGUCAAACUCUUAACCCAACCCGCAAAACACUUCAUCAGAAUAUCAUAGGGAAACUGAGACCUUUGCCCUUCCAGUACCGCUGGGCUGUAUGGCACGAGAAACACUCCGAGUCUGCCAAUUAUGGCAAUAGAUUAUACCCUCUUCAUGACGACGUUGCUGACAUCGCGACCUUUUACCGGAUAUACAACAAUUAUCCUUGGGACAAGAUCAAAGUUCGCGACACGGUGCACAUCUUCCGAAGGGAAACGAAGCCCAUAUGGGAAGACCCACAGAAUUUGAAAGGGGGAUGCUGGACAUUUCGAGUUCCCAAGUCUAAGAGCCAGGCGUUUUUCCAUGAAGUGGCCAUCCUCUGUAUGGCCAAUGAAUUCCAGGCUGCUGUACAAUCUGAGCAUGAUCAUGUGCUCGGUGUCUCAACAUCGGCUAGAUUCAAUUCCAACUUAAUUUCUAUCUGGAAUAAACAGGGAUCCAAUCCAAAAGCCAUCAAGGCGCUGGAAGACAUUAUACUGCAACGCCUCUCGCCCGAGCUACGACCAACUGCUGAAAAGUCUUACUUCUACAAACGCCACGAUGAACAUGACGGGUACCAAAGUGCAGUUGAAGCAUCAUUAAGCUCUUCCUCCAAUGCUUAA